AGUUCGACGUUAAAGAUGUAUAUGCGCCGGUGUAGUCAAUUUUGCAAUUAGUGGUUGAGCCUCUCUUUUUUGGUUUUUGAGAUUUAGUGCGUGGCUGUUUAUCACAUUCAGCAGCUUUCAAAUUAAUUUUUUUUUCAAUCAAAAAAAAAAAAAAGGAUUUUGUAAAAAAAAGAAGAAAUUCCGGACAAAAUGGCUGAUAUUCCACCGGGUGCAUCGCCGCCGAUUAAUGAUAAUAAUCAGGAUGCAGAACAACCUUUUCUAUCGAGUUUCAUUUCGGAAAUUGUACGAAGUCCCGUGAAUCUUGCCCUGGUGGCAAUAAUUGCCUUUCUCGUUUACAAAAUAAUUAAAAGUCGAACGAAAUCAGAUGAGCCGGUUGUUGAAACUAAAGAAUUGCCAAAAUUAAAGCGUGAUUUUACGCUCGAGGAAUUAAAACCAUACGAUGGAACGGGUCCUGAUGGUCGUGUCCUUGUUGCCGUCAAUGGAAAUGUCUACGAUGUUACAAGAGGAUCAAGAUUUUACGGCCCUGGCGGACCUUACGCGGCAUUUGGAGGCAGAGACGCCAGUCGGGGUUUAGCCACGUUUUCCGUAUCCGUGGGAAAAGAUGAAUAUGAUGAUUUAAGUGAUUUGAAUACCACAGAAAUGAAUUCUGUCAGGGAAUGGGAGGAACAAUUCAAAGAAAAAUAUGACUACGUGGGAAAAUUAUUGAAACCCGGCGAAGCGCCGACAAAUUAUUCCGAUGAGGAGGAAGAAGGAAGUCAACAGGAACAGCAAGAAACAAAAAGCGAUGAAACACCAAAGUCUAAAGAUGAUUGACCGCUCGAAUUGGCGUUCAAUGUGAAAUACCAUAAAGAAAACACCACGCACACAUUGUUAAAAUUUUUUUCAGAAUUAUUGCCUAAAGAAUACAUUUGGAUGUUUUAAUACUUUGUCGCGGGUCAUUUGAGAUAAAACAGUGAAACUGCAUUUGUUGAAAGUCAAAUAUCUGUAAAUAUUUGAGAGACUGUUGUUGCAGUUUUAUUUUUUAAAGAAGAGGAAGAAACAAAAAAAAAGAUCAAGUGUCCAUUUUAUAAUUAAUAGUGAAUCGUGUUUUUACAAGUGUACAAAAAAUUUUCCAUAAAAAAUCAAAUCGGGAACAAAUUGACAAAUAUCCUUAAAAAAAAGUGAUGAUCUUUAAAAAUAUUCUUCUUACAAAAUUAUUUUUUAAAAAUUAUUAUUUAAAAAUUAUUUUUAAAAAUUAUUUUUAAAAAUUAUUUUUAAAAGUCUACAAAAUUAUUUUACAAAAUUGUUCUUUGUUAUCAUUCUUCAAUUUAUUGCUUUAAUGAAAAUUUUAAUUUCGAAGAAAAUAUAUAAUAUAAAUUAUAAUUUUAACAGAUUAUAUUUAAUGUUAGAGAGAAGAUUUAAAAAAAAAAUUUCAAGUGAUAUUUGUUAUUUAAUUAUAUAUAUUACAGAAUAGAAAAAAAUUUUUUGUACUCCUGUAUAUAUUUGGUACAGAUUACAAUUUUAUUCUAUUACUUAAUCAAAGGCAAUGAUUUCGCUUUAUGAUCUCGCUAAAUUACUAAAAAAAAAAGAAAAGAAUCACAUUCACCUCUUUACACGCAGUGCAUUCAUAUCCAUCAUUAGUUCACGAUAGUCAAGAUGGAGCAUUUUUAUAAUACGAGAAAUUAUCGCAUUA